UCUCUGUCAAACUCUUUUACUACUCUUAUCGAGCUUAUAUUUAUGCUAAAACCUUUCUGCUUCGGAUCAGUAUCAAUACACGAGUCUUUUGGCUUGGUUGGCAUUGCAUUCUUGCCUUUGAAUCGAUCGCUAUUUCUCAUUUUCCAGCAGUGCAGUUUGAGCUAGCCGAUGACAUAAGCACAUUUUCGUAUACUGUUUUGCGAAACAUUUAUUCGCUUGGCUGCGAGGUUGAAACAAGGACUCAAAGAUUUUUUCUGUUAUUUACUCAUCUGCGAAAAGUGUGUCUGCUGUAGUGUGUUGGAAAACACGCUUUAAAUUACAGCUCUUUCGAUUGGCCGUUGCGUUCCACGCCUUACAUGUAACUGUUUGUUGGCAAAUACAACUUUAUCUACUUGCACAUCGAACAAGCGCUUUUACAUUUAGCUGCUUUUGAAAAACAUGCACCAGUCCUACCAAGUUUCCAUCGAGCAGCCUCGGCGAGUGGAACAAACAGAUGGGCGACAAGCGGCGGUUGUAGACCCACUUAACGUGGAACACUUCGAGCAUCAAGGCUCUGAGCGAUGGAAACCUUACGAAGAUUCGAAGUACGAGUCGCCCGUACUCAAUCGAUUGUUUCCAUGGCCACGUUACUACCACUGUCGCUGGAAGAUACUUAGUAUUUUCCACACUCGCCUUCUAUUUGGAAUCGUUCUUGGAGAGCUGCUUGUGUUUGUAUUGCUCAUUGGGGGACUAGCUGCAGCAUUGGGAGUGAUCGGAUUGAAUGACGACGAAGGCGGAGAAGGAACUGGGGGUAUUGCAACUAUCGCACCGGCCCUCUCAUUCGCUUUUGCUUGUAGAAACUCGCUAUGGGUGCUGUUCACCGGUAUGCCAUUUGAGCGAGCGUUAUUCUGGCAUAAACUUUGCGCUUAUGUCAGCGUCCUCGUCGGUGCUUGGCAUGGCUAUGUGUCUCAGAGAUGGGAUGUCUCCGGACUCCUACUCGUUGGUUCUAUGGCUGGUCUCUGCCUGACGGCCCUGAGGUUUAUUCGCCGGAAGGUCUUCGAAGCUUUCUAUCGUUUCCAUUGGGUACUGUUCCUACUUGUCAUCGGCGCCGCCAUUGCUCACGGUGCCGGUGCGAUUGUAUUCGGGGUUGUCCUGUGGGUGUUCGACAUACUGGUCCGUGCGUUAAUCGUACUUAUCAACAAUAGAAAGCAACGAAGUAUCUUGGCCGUCAGACUUCCCUCAAAUGUCGUUCGCCUGACGUUCCUCAAGGAAGAUUUCAACUACAAAUCGGGUCAGUACUGUUUCAUAUGUGUACCAGGUGUAUCCCUGUUUGAAUGGCAUCCAUUCAGCCUGUCCUCCUCCCCCCACGAGAACGUGGUCUCACUGCAUAUCCGCGUACUCGGAGACUGGACCGAACGGUUGUACGACUACGUGGAGGAGACAAAACCGAUCGAUGUCUAUCUCGACGGGCCAUACGGAGCUCCGUGCCUGGACGUCGACGGCGACCGCUACAAGCUCUUCAUGUUUGUCAGUGGCGGCAUCGGGAUCACCCCUAUGCAGUCUAUCUGCAACGACGUGCUGCAUCAGCGCAGACGAGGGAGGGACAUCCGCAAAGUGAUGUUCAUCUGGUCCGUCCGUGACCUCUUCAUGGUGACAGCAGUGCUUGAUUACGACAAGGAAUACUUCCAGCAAUCUUCGGAUCACCGGCUUCCACUGUCGUUCACUCCAGACCUUGUGGCGAGAGGUGAGUCAAAGGAGGUGAUGGAAAAUUACUUCCAUCUCACUAGAGAAAGAGAUUCGUCCAAGUUCGAAGUGGCUAACAUCCUUCCAGAAGUGCAGCCAGACCUAAAAUUUGGCCGUCCUGAGCUUCCAAAUUUGUUCUCUAAGAUGAAAGACUACGCGGGUGAAGAGGGAGAGAAACGGGUAGCGGUAUUAACCUGUGGACCAACCUCAUUGGUUGACAGCGUCGAGGAACUGUGUACUAAGUGUUCAUCUGGAGGAGUCACAUUUGAUUUUCAUAAAGAAGUCUUUGAAUUCUAACCUAGU